AACAAAAUCACAAAAUACACAACACACUGACACAGAGUUGCGUUCCUUUUAAGAUUUGAAAUCCGAUUUGGUGUGGUAGUGAACGGGGGGAGGGACGUGAUGAAGCAGCCACGCACCGACACGGAUGUGAACAUCAGGAGGAAGCUGAUCCGCAACCGCUUCAAGAAAUUGGUACGGGCGGUGAUUAUGAACCAGCAUUGGCUGGUCGAAGUCGAGGAGCAGGGCCUCUCGAUGAAUGUCAAGAAGAACGUGGCCCUGCUGGUGCGGCAGAAGAAGAAGCGCGGAAUGCUCACUGUAGCGGAGAAGGCGCUGCUGCGCACGCUCCCUUGGGCGCGAACCAUUGAGGAUCGAAAAAAGCUCUGCAUGGUCUUGGCCGGGCUUACCUGCUUCGCCAAGAUACCCCCGAAAAUCCGUGCUCGCAUGGUGCCGGUUAUAAAGUUAUUGUGUAUAACUAAGUCAAGAGUUCUAAUCAAAGAAGGGGACCUGCCCAUUACCGUGUACUUCAUACUGAACGGCGAGGUGGAAAUGAAAAAAACGGAAUACAAUAAGAUCACAAAGGAAAUCACUCAAGUAUCCAUGGCCAUAUUCGGUCCGGGCGACUGCAUCGGAGAAGUGGAAAUGGUUGAGGAUUGCCCCAGAAUGAACACAUUCACGACACUGUCAAAUUGUGAGAUAUUGGCCAUAUUCGACAACGACUACAAUCGCAUUCUGAAGCCAUUUAUGGAGAAGAAAUGGAACGAAAAGAAACAGGCCUUGCGAGCCUUUGACUACUUUAAUUAUCUGACUGAGGAUCAGAUACGACGUGCCUGUUUGUUCGGAUCUGUGGUGCAGUAUGAUCCUCUGGAGACGAUCUAUGUCGAGGACAAGGGCUCCGUGAACAUGGUGCAUUUUGUUUUAAGCGGCGAAUGCGUCAUCCUCCAAUGCCUGAACAUCAAGAUCGGUAACCACAAGGGCAGGACUGUAAUUAAUCUGACCGAAAUACAAAAGGAGAACGAGGCUCGGUCCGUGUUUCACGAUUCAAAGAACUCGGACUAUGCUCCAGAGUACACGCCUUUGGAUAUUCAGAAUUUGUUGGCCUCAACCUCCUCGGAAGAUGGCGAACCGAAGGGCCUCAAGAAGCAAGCGAUGCGUAAAAUGGGACUGAAGGAGAUCGAGGCAUAUUGCAGCAUGGGCCACGCCAGCUUCCUGCAUAAGCACUCUCAUAGGAAGAAAACCAUAAUGCAGUCGAGGCGAUUCACUCACAAAACACACAGGCACACCGCGGAUACCGAGGAUACCGAGGAGGAGAUUGAAGAUGCCGAAGGGGAGGAUGAGCUCUUUGACUACGAGGACUUCUAUGAAUAUUUCGCCGAGGAGGUAUCCGUUGAAUCGGACUCCGAUGCUGUGGAAUCCUCUAGCUCGGGUGCGAAGCGAAGAACACUUGCCUCCCAAUCGGCAUCAAAGCGAACAACGAUCUCUAUAUCCUCAAUGAAGCGGCGAACACUUCCAUCCGCCUCUCAAUCCUCAAUGAAGCGGCGAACACUUCCAUCCGCCACUCAAUCCUCAACACGUUUGGGCACAGUCACCUCCGAAUUAUUUACGGCCAGCUCCUCCGCUCGUACCAUGAUGAGCUCUUAUGGGUCGGAUGCGACACUUUUCUCUUCGUUGCAUGACCCCAUUAGGAGCCAUUUUAUAGACGUAGGCUCGCUCACAUUUGGGAGCAUUUUUGGUCUGGGCGAGAAGAUGGAACACCGUGUGAUAAUGUCUCGUACUGUGGUCCAGUGCCUGGUGCUGCCGCGCUUCUGGCUGCUGGAGGAUGAACAGAAUCCGGGCAAUAUCUGGCAGCGUCGACGCUUUUACUUUGAGUGCAGUGUGCCCUCACGGCAGGCCCUGUUCGAGGACUACCUGAAGACGCGGCGCUGGGACAAGUUCCGACGUGACUACCUCCAGAGCACUCUGGACCCCAACUCGAAAGGCAAUAUGACAACGGAGGAGGACAUACCCAUUAUAUGUCGCAUUUUGGAGACCAGCGAUAAUACAUAAGUGCUCGGCUCGCCUCGGCUAGCCAUACUCCCAUUUCACUUUCCGCUCCCAUGCAGGCAAU